GGCAGCCAUUAGCAUUUACCAUCCGGUUGUAUUGAAUCCGAAGCUCAUCGUCGUUGACUUUUGUAAUAUAACAAUCAUGAUAACCGCAGUAACGGAAGUGUCAUUUGGAAUUUAGUUGUAUUUAAAACGAUGGAAUCGAGAAGAACACUGCCUUGGUGAAGUUAGGUUUUUACAAUUUAAAUCAAGAAGACAGUGUUGUUUUUCUUAAGAAACACAAAUCUGUUGGCAGUAUGGAGCCAAGAAUGAGACCAGGUGAAAAUAAGGAUAAGCCAAGAUCCAAAACGCCAGACCCAAAUUGGGAAAGCUCUCGACAGAGAAUAUAUUCAGAAGGUGUACGACAUCCAGCUGAUGAUUCCCACAGAGCACCUUCAGUCCCCUCUGAGUUUGAACGAAAUCCCAGAUAUCAGCCCCAUCAAGGAGGGCCAAGUAUUAGGGACGAAGGACCUUAUGGAAGGCUUGGUGAAGGUGGUCGCCCAAGACCUUCAUAUGGCGAUAAUAAUACCAGACGUGGUGACCAGUAUAGAUAUGGACCAGCAAAUGAUUACAGAAGCCUUCCACCUAAUGUUGAACCACCUUAUCGACAACCAGAUCCUGAAAAACGCAGAACGCUAGAGCAUGGAGGACAGAGUGUUUAUGAUACUUUUGAUGCUGUGAGGGGUAGGCCCCCACCUCCACAAUACAAACCACCAGAGCAAAGAAGUGUGUUGUAUGAAUCAACCCGUGGAAAACCUGGUGUUUCACCGCAACCAAAAGAAAGUCCAGUUGAUCCAAAUAUUAGGGGUAGAACUGAUAUGUAUGCCGCUAGGCCAGCAAAAAAUGAUCUGCAUAAGAGUAGGUCAGCUGAAGAAGUAAGAGCUCUUGGGUCUAAUCGGUCAUUUGAUGGCCAGUCUAGACCAAUGGACCCUGGAGUGGGUAGGCCUGAUCCACAUGGUCAGAUAGAACAAACUUAUGGUACCAGAUCAAUGGUACCUCCACAGAAUACAAUGACCAGCAGCAACUCUUGGAACUCUGAUGACCCCAAGUCAUCAUUAUAUGAACAAGGAAGGCGGUCAGUUGACCCAAAUGAUCCCAGUGUUAGGCAGCAGUAUCAGGGGGAAAAUCAACCCCCUAAACCCAAACCUAGAAUUGUUCCAAGUGAAGAGGAAUUAGGAAAGUUAAAUAAGGAGGAGUUAGUCCGGCAGUUACGGAAAUUAGAAAUUGAUCGUGUGUCUUCUGCUUCGGAUAAUGGUGCUAAGAUGAAGGAGAUAAAUAGACGUAUGCAGAGUAAUUUAACAGAAAUCAGAGAUUUGAGGGAGGCAAAAGAAAAAUUGGAUGCCGAAAAUAAAGAAUUAAGGGACUUGUGCUACUUUCUUGAUGAUGGUCGCCAGAAAGAGCGCAAGCUGGCACGUGAAUGGCAGCGGUUUGGACGCUACACUGCAAAUGUAAUGCGGAAUGAGGUUGCUGUUUACCAGAAUAAAUUACAAGAACUUGCGGACAGACAAGAAGAGCUUAUAGUGGAAAAUUUAGAUUUGAAGGAUGUCUGCAUGAUGUUGGAUGAAGAGAAAACGGGAAGUCGAAGCUCAAUCUGUAGCCAGUGUAACGGAGCUGUCAACUCGGCUCCACGCGACCAGGGAGAUGGUAGCUAUGAUGAGUCAAGUCCUGUUGAAGGACCAAAAGUUAAUCCGCUUUUGAGUCUCGAUAACAGUAUCAACAACAGUAAUCAAACAGCCAUCUACAUUCGUGAGUUGGAGCUGCGUGUGAAGGUACUAGAAGAGGAGAAAAGACAACUGGCUAAGCAGUUGAAACGGAAUGGACAGGGAGAUGGUCAGGACCCAGACAUUCAGCCAUCCAGUAUGAUGCCUCAUUAUCAAGGUGGAGGUAAAACAGAUGCUGUCGCCAAUGCAUUUAAGGUGUUAGAGGUACAUGAGCAGAUUGAUGACAGGAAGCUUCCAGUAGAGAACGAGUCAAUGUCAGACAAAGAGAGAGCUAUCGUCAGGGAAAUGUGUAAUGUUGUGUGGAGGAAACUUGAGGAUCAAACUGAAGUUCCUGCUCACCAAAUACCGCCCUCAUACCCACCAGUUGGCCGACCAAAGUAUGGCGGAGUUGAACAACCAAAAUAAAAAGAAUGCUACUGUUAAAUGCUUAGAUAUAGAAUUAGUAUGAUAGUUUUUGAAUGUUGAUCUUUCACCUUGAAUUGUUUAUUUUAAUCUUCCUCCAUUAAGAUUGAAAUUACAACCAUAAUAAUAAUUAUUAUAUAAAUGUACAGCACUUAAUUGUGAGGAGCAUUGGUUUCCUUUACAAACACAUAAAUUAUAGAGUUAAAUAGGAAAGCAGGGAGAUUCCACUUAAUGCUCACACUUACAAUAGGUAGUGUAUGAAUCUGAAGGGAUAACCAAUCUAUUGAACUUAAAUUCCUUGCUUUAUACAGUAUACAUAGUAACUCAUCCAUAAGUUCUUGGGAUUCCAAUUUAAAUUAUUUUGUUUAUGGUGUAAAUAUCUUACAAUGAUCCGGAAGUAGUUUUAAAUGGUAAAUAUCUAUAUAUUUUCCAGAAUUGUCUUUUUAUUUAUCAUUUUGUACCAAAUUCCAUACUGUCAAAAAUUAUUUUUAUUUGAAGAGAUGUUUGCGUUGGGAAACUUCGAGAGAAACAAUUGUUUACGCAGGCUUUGUUUACUUUAAAUUAUACAAAAAAAAUCACAAAUAUUGUGUAAUAAAUUCCAAAAAAUAUAUUAAGUGAUAUCCUACAUACCAGUAAUUGGCAUGAUGAAACAAAUAAUUAAAUCUUCAGUGUUGAUUUUGAUAAAACAAUUUAAAAAUAUAAUUUAAUAUUUGAAUUGCGUAUUUGUAUAUUCAAAUAAGUUAAUUAGAGUUGGAAAAGUGCUUGCCUAUUAUUAGAUAAAUAAAACUUGGAUAAACCAUUAAAUUGGUUGGUAAUCAAAAUUAAGGAAUUUUGUAAUAAAUAUUUGUAAGUAUUCAGUCAAAAAAAUCUUGUAUAUCAACUUAAAUGAGCGAUCUGAGGGUUUUCCAAAUUUUAUGUGGUCCCAUUAAUUUUAAUAUUUUUUAAUAGUACUGUAGUAAAGUUUUAUCCUCGUAAUAGUUUUUUUUUUAGUAACUCUUUGUUAAAAAUUGGAACUUUCCCAUAUGCUAUUGUUUGUACAAGUUCUUUGCAAUUGAUAAACUGUUGAUAACUGUAGAUUAAAAUGAGGCUGCCUAUGUAUAGUCCCAGCUCUUGUCUCUGAAAUUUAUUAAAUAAUUGAAAUUAAAAUAAUUUCAACUAAAUCAAGGUCAAGUUUAUUAAAAUCAAAUUUGCAGCACUAAAUUCGAAAGAAUUAAAAUUUUAACAAA